AUGGACUUGGGAUCACAGGAUUUUCGCAACCGAAUCGUAUGGCCAGCCAAGUACCCAGCAACUUACGAUCCCGCCCCACCCAUUUUGGUGCAGUUAAAACAGCCAUCUGUAGACACUGAGGUCGAGAAGGAUAUCAAGAGACGCAACGCUCUCUGGGAAAAGGACGACUAUCAGAGAAGGAACAGUCCAACUACGGCCUGUAUCCAAAGAAUCCGUGGCCUUCUUCGACUCCCCAGAGCCCGUCCCCUACCGCCCACACCCAACCCUACCCCGAAACCUAUCCGACCUGCCUCUCCUUCGCCUCCAUCCGCCCGCAUCUCGCUUAUUUCCGCCAAUGCUUUCCACUACACCAUGAAACGCAAGGAAAACGAGUUCUUCACGACAAGCAUCUACGAGAUCGAUCGGAUCCUCGAAGAAAGACAAAUGAAAGACGAUCCUGAUAAUGCUAAGCUGGUACAGGAUCGACUCCCAUCCGUCUACCACGCGUACCGAGACGUGUUUAGCAGAACCGCCGCUGACCAACUUCCUGAACACCGCCCGUACGACCACAAGAUCGUUCUCACUGAACCUCUGCCGAAUCAGUUCAGUCC